AUGUAUUACUUACCACGUUAUCGGUUUCAGUUGAGGUUAAGCGUCUGGUGUGGAUGCGCGCCAAAAAUUGUUCUAGUUCUCUGUUAUAAGAAAAUCAUUUCAUUGCCUGGCGUGUGCACAAUUAUAACACAUUACUGUUCAAAUUUCUAUACUGCUGCAGAAUGCCAAAGACACGGGCAUUCUGGACAGAAGCGGACCUCCACUCAGCAUUACUGGCCAUAGCAAAUGGCACGUCAAUCAAAAGUGCUGCCAAGCGGUAUGGAAUUCCCCGAACAACUCU